AUGGAGGAAGUCCUGUCAAGGCUCCCUCCAAAAUCUCUGAUGAGAUUCAAGUGCGUCCGUAAGUCAUGGCAACGUUUGAUUAGUAACUCAGCCUUCGCGGCCAAACACCUCUCCGCUUCGAAGCGCAACAAACACGCCUCGUCCACCACCGUCGUUUUAAGACGUUGUGUCGCUGAUGACAUCCACUCUGGCAAGAAGGAGGUUUUACUGUCGUCAUUCGAUCUUUGCCAAAGAUUAGAUGGUGACGAUGAACUCCAUCCUAUUCUCGAGGAUCUCUACAGUCCUCUAUCUCCGGGUGUGGUAGAUUGGCAUCGCUUUUGUGUACGCAUUUCAACUCAUUGUGAUGGAAUAUUAUGUCUCACAGAUAGUGCAAAAUACAUUGUUUUAUGCGAUCCAACUAUCAAGGAAUUCAAGUGUUUGCCGGCGCCUUCCCUAGGAUCAUGUGCUGACGGAUUUGGUUAUGAUCUCAAAUCGAAAGAUUACAAAAUCGUUCGAGUUUUAAAUAACGGGUUUCAAGAGUUCAAGGAUGGUAUGCGUAGGCGUGUUGUUGCUCAUCCUCCCACCAGGGGCGGAUCUACUUAA